AUGACGAAGACACCGACAGCGCGCUCAGUCUCCAGCGCAAGCGCAUCGAGCACCGCGUCGCACGGGGCUAGCCAUGGUUUCCGCUCUCAGAUUGGACACUUACUGCUUCCGAGACAUGCUGUCUUUCAAGUCCGAGUCCACAUCGAUCAGCUCUCCAAUGUACCGCUCAUAGGCGGCCAGUUCGCCGUGCGCUGGAAGUUCAAGAACGUCCAGUCCGGCCCGAACCUACUAUCCAAGAUGAGGGGCCACAAAACGUGGACCGCGAAGAGAAAGGGGAAGGCGAGGGCGAGUGAUAUCGGCCUCGAGAUCAACGUCACACCGGGGGCGGACGAGGGGCAUGGCGAGGAGGAGGAUGGCGACAGCAGUGCGCAAGAGCAGGAGCAGGAGCUCGAGGAGGAGGUUGAAGACGAGGUGAACGGAGAGGUCACCGCUACGUACGGCGGUCGGCUCACGUCUUCUCCCGCUCAGACGGCGAUGCCACUGCCUCUCGUUCCGGGCACAGCCACUGGAACCCAGCGGCCCGCUCUGCGGACGCCCAACGGGGCACUGCAGACGAGCUCGUCGACGUCGGUGUCAGCGACCGGCGAAGGGUGCUCGGUCGCCCGCGGGAUGACGGAGUGGGUGAAGCUGCAGAGCUACAACGCUAAAUGGGAGCACACGGUGAACGUCGUCGUGGAGAUGGACGUGCACCGGGAGACGGGGGAUCUGCUGCCGAGCGAGUUCAAGCUCGUCGUCAUGCAGCGAGUUAUCGCGGGCGACCCUGACGCGCCCCGGCAUCCCCGGCUAGGGAAGCUGUAUCUGAACUUGGCGGAAUACGCGGACGCGGGGUCUGUGACGCGGCGGUAUCUGCUGCGGGAGAGCAAGACGAAUGCGACUCUUAAGCUGACGAUCGAGCUGGAACACAUUGGUGGUGAAAAGAAUUACAAGCCACCUCCUCUGCGCAAGAGCGAGAUCCUCGCUUCCGUCUCUGGUCUGCUCUCAAACAACGAGCUGCUUCGGACUAGCGUUGCUCGGCAAUUGGAUGACUUCACACGUACCGAGUUGCCUCGCACUCUCUCAUACGAUGGCCCGCUUCCAGACGGGUACUCAUGGGUAACUGAUACAGGGAUCAUCAACGAAGAACGACUAGCGUCGUCGUACGGUUUGCGUUCCACCGAGAAUCUGAUAGAGGCGCUCUUCAACCCCGUUCCCACCAAUUCCGAGACUCCAUCACCCUUCACAUACUACGUGCCUCCCGGUGAGAGUGACGUGGGCGGUUCAAGCGACUCGUCUUCGUACGGUGGAGACAACAGCAUCAGUGCGGACAGCACGAGCGGCCAUACAGGCAGCAGUCUGACCGAGGAUCUAAGCCAAACUGGGCUCAGCAGCAUGCUUGAUCAGGUUGUGCCAGGGUUAAGCGACGGUCCCAGGACCUGGUGGCGCAAGAUCCGGAGUCGCCCAUCUACACCCAUCACCCGUCAGCAUAACAAGCAGCUGCUCGCAACUCCGUUACCCGCUGUGCUCGUCGGGGUACCGCCUGGCAAUGCAUAG